UCCCUCGGCGCGGCCCGCCGCCCGCCCACAAGAUGGCGGCGCUGCUCGGGCGGCGCCGCGGCCGCGCUGUGACUGUGGCGCUGCGGAGGGCUGAGCUCCGGCAGCGCAGCACGUUCGACGUAGCGGUGGUCGGUGCGGGAAUCGUGGGGCUGGGCGCCGCCCGGCAGCUCGUCCUGAGGCACCCCGCGCUCAGCUUCGCCGUGCUGGAGAAGGAGCGGCAGCUAGCUCAUCAUCAGAGUGGACAUAACAGUGGUGUAAUUCACAGUGGCAUUUAUUACACUCCUGGAUCCCUGAAAGCCAAGCUGUGUGUACAAGGUGCAGCUCUCUGCUAUGAGUACUGUGACCAGAAGGGAAUACCAUAUAAACAGUGUGGGAAGCUAAUUGUAGCUGUUGAACAAGAUGAAAUUCCAAGACUCAAAGCUCUGUAUGAGAGAGGGCUCCAGAACAACGUCCGAGGUCUGAAAUUGAUUGGAGCAAAAGAAAUACAGGCAAAAGAACCCUUCUGCAGGGGUCUGAUGGCCCUUGAUUCUCCAUAUACUGGCAUUGUGGAUUACAGACAAGUGGCUCAGUCCUAUGCUGAAGACUUCCAGGAAGCAGGUGGGACAAUCUUGACUGAUUUUGAAGUCACAGACAUGGAGAUGGCUAAAGAAAGUUCUUCAGGAAGUGAAGAUGGACUGAAGUACCCAGUCAUUGUUAGGAGCUCUAAGGGUGAGGAAAUCUACUGUCGGCACAUAGUGACCUGUGCAGGACUUUACUCUGACCGCCUGUCUGAAAUCAGUGGUUGCAGCCCUGAACCUCGCAUUGUACCCUUCCGUGGAGAUUAUUUGGUGCUAAAACCAGAGAAGUGCUAUAUGGUGAAAGGAAACAUUUAUCCGGUUCCCAAUCCUCGCUUCCCUUUCCUGGGGUUUCAUUUCACGCCAAGAAUGGAUGGAAGUGUUUGGCUCGGUCCGAAUGCAGUGCUGGCCUUUAAGAGAGAAGGCUACAAGCUGUUUGACUUCAGUGCUACAGACUUUUUAGAUGCUGUACUGUACAGUGGCUUAUGGAAACUUGUACUGAGAAACUUAUCAUAUGGACUGAAUGAAAUGUACAGAGCGUGUUUCCUUAGUGCACAGGUGAAGGAACUUCAGAAGUUCAUCCCAGAGGUCACCGUCAAUGACGUCCUCAGGGGUCCAUCUGGAGUGAGAGCACAAGCGUUGGACAGCGACGGAAAUUUGGUAGAUGACUUUGUAUUUGAUGGUGGCACUGGAGAUAUUGGAAGCAGAAUUCUUCAUGUCAGAAACGCCCCUUCUCCUGCUGCCACCUCCUCCCUUGCCAUUGCAGAAAUGAUUGCUGAUGAAGUGAAGCGAAGAUUUGAAUUGUGAAUGAUUGCCAGGUGCAGGGCUGUUUUACUCCUCUUGCAUGUGUAGCAGCUUGUCUGAACUCUGCAGCCUUUAAUGAUGAAGACAAAACAGGCAGCGUGUUGCUGGUACAAGAUGUGCAGUGCAAAAACAGCACUUGAAAUGUUUGCCAGCCCACAGCUUGUCAGCUUCCCAAGUAAAGGAUGUUUGGUGCCAGGCAAGACCUGCUAUGGUGCUGCCAUCUGCAAGAACCAAGCAAAUGGACCACUCACAGUGAGGGCUUGUCUGCUGGCUCAGCUGGAGCAGGCUGUGGAAGGGUUGGUGCUCGGUGCAGGGUGAGGUUCUCCCACCAGGUCCACAGUAGGUGGGGAAAGAGGAAUCUCUGUGAUUGGUUUGCCCACCUCUGAAGAACCCCCAGGCACUGGUUCUGUGCACUGUCUCUCUGUCUCUUUAAAUUGGCUUGGAGUCAUCAGACCCCUCACUUAUGUUAAAAUAAUGGAGAUAGAAGGAUAAACCCUGCUUAAGGAUUCUUCUGCAGAUACAGAAUUAAAGACUUUAGUGGAGACUGAAAACCAUAUUCAGAGCUAUGUACUGAAAUGUAGAAUAUUUCAGAGAGAAAUAAGCCUGGCAAGAGAUUACCAAACCCAAGUCAAUUUCGACUGUGAAUCUGAAUUGCAUCUUUAUUUUAUCUAUUUUAGUACAGAGCUGAAAUUAAAAUGUAUAUAGAAUCAGACAUUUUUCAUUUGGCUUAGAUGUGGGAAGCUACCAUAAAUUGGGAACUACUUUGA